AUGACUGUGGUGGAGAACCACGAAGAGACUGUGGCCGUUACUCCUUUGUUACAAGAUGCUGCGGACUUGGAAUCAGCAGACCAGGAGUGCAGCGAGAGGGUGGUCAUAAACAUCUCAGGUCUGCGUUUUGAGACGCAAUUAAAAACACUCUCUCGCUUUCCGACCACGGUUUUGGGAGAUCCGCGUAAAAGGAUGCGCUUCUUUGAUCCGCUGAGAAAUGAAUACUUUUUUGACAGGAACAGACCGAGCUUCGAUGCUAUCCUCUAUUAUUACCAGUCCGGAGGAAGGCUUCGGAGGCCCGUCAGUGUACCUGUGGAUAUUUUCCUGGAAGAAAUAAAGUUUUAUGAACUCGAGGAAGAGACCAUAGAGCUAUUCAAAGAGGACGAGGGCUUGGCUCGGGAGGAGGACCGACCGAUGCCUUCCAACGAGUUUCAGCGCCAGUUGUGGCUUCUGUUUGAGUAUCCAGAGAGUUCCGGACCCGCACGGAUGAUUGCCAUCGUGUCUGUUAUGGUUAUUUUGAUAUCCAUUGUUAUAUUCUGCUUAGAGACUUUGCCCGAGUUCAGAGAGGUCCCCGCAGUGCAUGACAACCAGGUCAAUGCAAGUGCGCAAGGCAAAGCGCCUAGUCCGUUCACAGACCCAUUUUUCAUGGUGGAGACACUUUGCAUUGUGUGGUUCUCUUUUGAAUUCACCAUGAGGUUUCUGUCGUGUCCCAGUAAAGCGGCUUUCUUCAAAAACAUGAUGAACCUAAUCGAUGUUAUAGCCAUAGCUCCGUAUUUCAUCACCCUGGGCCUUGAUCUCGCAGAGCAUCAGGGCAGCAGUCAGCAGGCGGCCUCGCUAGCCAUACUGAGGGUCAUCCGUCUGGUCCGUGUUUUCAGGAUUUUUAAACUCUCCAGACACUCAAAGGGCCUGCAGAUUCUCGGGCAAACGCUUCACGCGAGCCUCAGGGAGCUGGGGCUGCUUAUAUUUUUCCUGCUUAUUGGAGUUAUUUUAUUCUCAAGUUCGGUUUAUUUUGCUGAAGUAGAUGACUCCGAGUCUGGAUUUACAAGUAUACCUGAUGCGUUUUGGUGGGCCGUGGUGACAAUGACCACAGUCGGUUAUGGAGAUAUGUAUCCCUCCACUAUCGGAGGUAAAUUCGUCGGAUCCUUGUGCGCCAUCGCCGGAGUGCUGACUAUAGCGCUACCUGUUCCUGUGAUCGUGUCCAAUUUCAAUUAUUUUUACCACAGAGAGAACGAACAGGAAGAAAACGUCCAAUACGUGCACGUGACCUGUGGACAUCAGCCGCAGGCCUCGUUCGGUGAAAGUGAUUCGAUCAAAAGUAACCAGUCGUUCUCCAAAACCGAGUGCUACCAAGAAAGCGACGACUUAGAAGCUCUGACACAUCUACACGUGACUCCAGUGGAGACAUACACAGGGAAACUGACGGAUGUAUAA